UAUUAACUUAGAGAUAAAAUAAAAUACCCGUACGGAUUUUAUAAGGUAUGAAACUAAAUUAGAUCCCAAUUAGUAUUUCACCUCACCAAAACUAGGGUUAAUAUUUUCGUAUGACUUGAACUUUGACCAAAAUAAAUAUCCUGACCAAUCUUUUCGAUCUAUAACAUCCUGGCCCGAACUAUACACCAAAAUAAACAAUUUGGCCAGAUCCGACUUUUGCCCGUUAACUUGGACGGUCAAACGCGUUGACUGUUAGUCAACGCGCUAUGUCACUGCCAAGUUAGCAUAAAAUAUUUAAAAUAAUUCACAAUUUCAACACAUUUCGUAAUUUUAAAUUAUUAUAAAUUAAAAAAUCAUCUAAUACCUUAGUUAAACCAAAAAUGAAAAAUGAGAAAAUUAAAUAUUUAUCAGAUCUUCUGACUUGGCAGUGACGUGACGCGUUGACUGUCCAAGUUAACGGUCAAACAUCAGGUUUGACCAAAUUGUUUAUUUUGGUGUAUAGUUCGGGCCAAGAUGUUAUAAAUCGUAAAAUUUGAUCAGGAUGUUUAUUUUGGUCAAAGUUCAGAUCAUACGAAAAUAUUAACCCAAAACUAUUAUCGAUUUCGCAAAAUUUUACGAACUGACAUUUGGACCGUACUUUCUAAUUCCUAUCUUGGUACGGUCGAGUUCGUAACUGGACCGAACAAUUUGCACGCCUAGGUUUAGGCGUUUAGCCAUCUGAUCUGCCCGCAAGCAAAAAACCCUACGCUAAUGAAAAGCGCACCUUCUGGACGGUCUACUUUCCCCCCCGCUGCUUCCUGUUCCAAUACAAACGAAAGCGGCGGCUCCACUCCGGCCUGCCGCUCAUAAUCGUCCUUCCUCCUCUCACUUCCUUGGCAUCACUAUCGCCAUUGAAGGAUAGAUAGCUAAAGAAACCCUUUUCUCCAUUUCUUCUGAUAUAUAUUUUAAGUCGUUUCGACAUUUGCUCUACGGUGCUAUAACGAUCCCUGCCCCGUUUCUCCCUACUUCAUCGGCGACAGUAUCGGAAGGCGCAGAACGUGUAGAAAUGUUUGCUUUCGUUCCUCUGUCAGGCUGAGGCCAGCUGCUGCUUUAUUGCUUCAAUCCGUUGGAAAUCAGAUACCCAUCGAAACCCUAAUCGGUUGAUAGGGUUCCUUUCACUGUCUCUGUUACGAGGUACAUAAUUUCCUUGAUUGCGUCACUAUUAAAUCUAAUCAGAAGUUUAUUAACUAGAAUGCAACCAAUAUUUCUCUUUGGUUUUGGGUUAUGAUGGAUUUUGUUUUGUUUUCCAGAGAUUGUUCUGUUUUGUUGUCAGAUUUCUACUUGGUUGAAUCUUUGGGUUUUGUUUGUUCAAAGCCUCAAAGGUAAAGUGAUAGCCUUUCCAAUGAACUAGAGGCUUAGUUAUAUGAUAUAGUGUUCGUAUUCCAUGUAUCCUCUUUCAGUGUUUUAGUAGCUGAGUUUCUUCAGUGGCCUUUUGUGAACAAACUGCAACUCAUUCAUUUAGGAAUCUACUUGUUUUUCACUCGAACCAAGCAAGUGCUAUCUGCUUGUUUAAUUCGUCACCUGGUCACCUGUUUCCUUUUCUUUUGAACUUGAAUCGAUUCUAAGUGAUCUAUCUUUGCAAUGAAGGUUCAAAUUGAUGAAUCCUUCAAUUCUCUCUGACGGACUAUGCUAUGUGUUUGGUGAACUAACUUAGCAUUAAUGGUAUACAAUGUCGGUUGUCCUAUGAAGUGGUUUGAUAACAUGUAGAAGUUUGCUAUUCAACUUUGUAGUUUAUAAGUCUGGGUUCCCUUGUUGGAUGAUAAUCUGUGCUUCAUUAAGCAGUCAUUCUGCUCCUGAUGAGAAAAUUGGCGGUCUUCGUCUCUUUUGCUAAAGUGUGGUAAUGAGCGGGUUCUUUUUUCUGCCUGCAGAUUCUUGACUAUUUCAGAGGCAAAAGCAUCAAGCUUAGUUGUUUUGGUUUAAGAAUGGGGGAUUCCGAGAAUGUCCUUCCACCUUCAAAGAAGAGAGCUGCAGGUAGAGAGAUAUCGAAGGAAGACCCUGGCCUUGAUGAUGAUGAAGAUUUGUCUGAAAUGGAGGCUGGAACUUUCAAGAAGGCAAGUGAUGAGGUGCUGGCCACCAGAAGAAUCGUGAAAGUUCGCCGCAGUCAAUUGACGGUAGCCCCAAAACUCCCCGCAUCUAAUCCAUUUGCUGGAAUUCGUUUGGUUCCACCAAGUGAUCCAACUCCAGCCCCUCAUUCGGUAGCAACUGUGGAAGUAACUUCCAAUGAGAAAGUUGAGAAUGACAUUAAAGGUGGUGCUUGUGAUGUAACCAAGGAAGAGAAAGAUGCUUCUAAUGGGAAGCAAGUAGAAAGCAGUGCAAGUGUGUCGGUGGUUGAGUCUGCAGGUGACAAGGAGAGCACUGACAAUAAUAUUACAACUGAGACUGUUGGUGAAGUGGCUGAGAAACCAUUAGAAGAUAAAACUGAGAGUGAUAAGAUGGGCGAAGCCAUUAAGUCUGCGGAAGAAAAGGCUGAAUGGGGUGGCGGAGCUCAAGACAAAGGCAAGGAUGUCAGUGAGACUGAUAAAGCUGAAGAUGUUGAAGGGAAGGAAACAUCAAGGGAUAGUAAAGCUGAGAAUGAUGAAAAGAAUGACAAGAGUAGUGAAAGUGCAGACCCUAGUGGUGAAGGUAUCGCACUGAGUUCAUUUCAGCAGCUUUCAAGUAGCACAAACGCUUUCACUGGCCUAGCUGGAACAGGAUUUUCCAGCUCGUCGUCGUUCUCCUUUGUCUCAAUCCCAAAAGACGGGUCUCCAUUUGCUAGUGGUGCUGGUUCCUUAUUUGGGCAGAAAAGUGACCAGCCUUCUUUUGGGUUUGGCCUCCCUACAAAUGGAAAUUCAUCACUCUUUAACUCUUCAGGCUCUUCUUCUGUUGCCACCAAGAGUGAAGGAAGCAGCUUCCCAUCUAUGCCGGAGGUUCCAGUCGAGACUGGAGAAGAGAACGAAAGGGCAGUUUUCUCUUCCGAUUCUGUGUUGUUUGAGUUCCUUGAUGGUUCUUGGAAGGAGCGGGGGAAAGGAGAAGUGAAGGUGAAUGUCCCUACCAGUGGAACAGAGAAAGCUAGGCUUCUGAUGAGGUCUAAGGGUAACUUGCGGCUGAUCUUGAAUGCUAAUCUUUUCUCUGAUAUGAAGCUCGCGAACAUGGAAAAGCGAGGCAUCACUUUUGCUUGCAUCAAUAGCAUUGGGGAAGGUAAGGAGGCGCUUUCAACCUUUGCCCUGAAGUUCAAGGACGGCUCAAUUGUUGAAGAUUUUCGUGCAGCUGUCACACAACACAAAGAUCACAACGACCCCGCGGCAGUUCUGAAGACACCAGAGAACUCACCCUAGGCGAGUGGAAAUGAUCCCCCUCCCCCCUCAUUAUGUUUUUAUAUGGUUCCUGCCUGCCCGAUCAUGCAGUGGUCUGUUUGUAUUAGCUGUGUUAUGGUUUUGUGUUCGCCCGAAUCGCAUAAACCCUAUACAGUGGAGAGAGUCCCCCCAUUUUCGUGGUUCGAUUUCAAUGUAGU